AUAUGUGUGUGCAUCUAUAAAGCACUUUCAGUUUAUUCACAACCCCCAAGUUGCUGUAAUCAGUCAGAUGAUGGAGAGUGAACAAGGUUCUUAUGAAUAUAUUGCUUAUGAUGGUCAGAACAGUAAGCCAAUGGAAGGGGUUUUCCACAGCCAUUUAGAGGAGAGAGUUCGUCCUUAUAUCGAUCUGAUUGACUCUUUGAGGCUGAUUGGUAUUGAUGAAGAUUUGGCUUUGCCAACUAUAGCUGUAAUUGGAGAUCAGAGUUCUGGAAAAAGCUCUGUGUUGGAAGCACUAUCUGGGGUGGCACUGCCCAGAGGGAGUGGUAUUGUGACAAGAUGUCCACUGGAGCUAAAGCUGAGGAAGAUAAAAUGUGGUGUUCAAUGGCAAGCUGUGAUAUCUUACAAAGAACAGUUCAUUGAGUUUGAAGACCCAUCACUGGUUGAGGGUUAUGUUGAGAAAGCCCAGAAUGAGCUGGCUGGAGAAGGAGUUGGAAUUUGUGAUGAACUCAUCACUUUGGAGAUCAUGGCUCCUGAUGUAUGUGACCUCACACUGAUCGAUCUGCCUGGGAUUGCCAGAGUUCCUGUAAAAGGUCAACCUGAAGACAUUGGACAUCAAAUUAAGAAUCUCAUUGGGAAAUAUAUAGAGAAGGAUCAAACUAUAAAUUUGGUCGUAGUACCAUGUAACGUUGACAUAGCAACAACAGAAGCUCUGAAAAUGGCCCAGGAAGUGGAUCCUGAAGGAAAAAGGACUCUGGCUAUUCUUACAAAGCCAGACCUUAUAGACAAGGGAACAGAAAAGAACAUCAUGGAUAUAGUCAGAAAUCAGGUCAUUCCCUUAAGUAAAGGCUAUAUCAUCGUUAAGUGCCGUGGCCAAAAGCAAAUUGAUGAUAAGAUCUCUCUGACUGAGGCCACUCGAGUAGAGAGGGAAUUCUUCAGACGUCAUGAUUUUUUCAGUUGCCUGUUGCAUGAAGAUAAAGCAACUAUUCAGUGCCUUGCCACCAAACUGACUCAAGACCUGGUUGAUCACAUCAAAAAAUCCUUACCACUGAUCUCAGAGGAGAUCAAGAAGCAGCUAUGGAGCUUUAGAAAAGAUAUGAGUCAGUGUGAAGCCGGCCCACCACUGGAUCCACAGAAGAGGAAGACCUUUUUUAUUGAUACCUUGACAAAAUUUAAUGAUAAGAUCAACCGCUUGACAUCUGGAGAAGUGGUCAACGAUGAUAACUUAUUUGUAACACUUCGGUCUGAAUUCAUGAAGUGGAAGGACCAUCUUGACUACACAAAGGGAUCAUUCCACAAUACGGUCCAGGAAGUGGUGGCUGAAUAUGACCUGAAGCACAGAGGACGAGAGUUGCCUGGCUUCAGUGACUACAAGGUGUUUGAGAUGGUGGUACAGAAGCUUGUGAUCCUGCUAACAGGACCAGCCAUUGACACACUCAGGGUCAUCAGAGACACCAUUCAGAAACAGUUUUCAGAUGUAUCCAAAACCUGCUUUCUCAACUACCCUUACCUCCACUGUGUUGCAAUGAACAAGAUAGACAACAUUCAGUCAAAGCAGGAAGCCAAGGUGGAGGAGAGGAUCCGGGAGCAGUUUGAGAUGGAGCAACUGGUCUACACUCAAGAUGGCAUCUACUUCAAAACCUUGAAUGAGAUUCACUCUGCUGAGGGGCAGAUGGCUUCAGAAAACAACUUUGCUGGGUUUGACAACAGAAAGAAAUAUCCUGAAAUGCUGCGGGCUUAUUACGAGAUCGUGGUGCAGCGCUUGGCUGAUCAGGUGCCCAUGCUGAUCAGAUACUUCAUGCUGAAGGAAUCUGCUCAGCUGCUGUGCAGUGAGAUGUUUGGUUUAAUGGACGGUGCCAACGUGGCCGACGCCCUACGUGAAGAGUCGGAAAUCAGCAGACACCGCAUUGACAUGCAGAACCGCGUGGACCGUCUUACUCUUGCUCAAGAUAAACUCAGCAACUUUAUUUGAAGCUACAGGGCCACUGCUGAUCAGGGUUUUACAUCUUUUGAGAAGUUUUUUUUAAGUAUCUGAUUAAACCUAUCAGCUAAUUACCAAUGCCUGAAUGUGGUGGGUUAAAAAAGGGAAAUGCUAAACUCUGUAGUUUUGUGACUUAGAAGUGAAACCACUGAUCUACAGAAACAUCUUAUAUAUUUCACAGAAGAUCCCUUCAUUUCAAAGGUCAUUUUGGCCUGUAGUUGUUUAAUUAGAUAUGCUGUAUUCUGUAUUUAGAUAUAUCAAGAGUUCUUCAUGAAUUUUCAGUUAAAUAUAUUAGUUUAUUAGUUUUUACAACAGAUAUUUAUACUAAUAACAAAUUGUAA